AUGAAUUACCCCACGGUCAACAUGUACCACAUGCCGCAAUAUCAGUCGCACUUGGCAAAUUCUCCAACUUUUCCCGGCAAUGUGGUGUAUCUGGCAGCCCCGCCACCACCACAUAUGAUGCAUCUAUAUGCUAUGCCUGCAGUGAACAACAAUGUGUACCCGCACUACAACAAUAGCAGCAGCAACAACAACAACAGCAACAGCAACAGCAACAGCAACAGCAACAGCAACAGCAACAGCAACAGCAACAGCAACAGCAACAGCAACAGCAACAGCAACAGCAACAGCAACAACAAUCACAAUAUCAAAAACGAAAGACGAAGUCUGAAAAAUACCAGUCUUUCCAGGCGGUCAUUGGCAAUGAAUAACAACGGCGCCAAUGGAAAAGCUGGCCAAUCAGUCAAGACUCCACGCUCAACAACUCAGAAUUUUGCUAACUUUCCAAAAUACACAGAGGUGCGUUCUGUUGACGACAUCGAGGUCGCGAAAAAACCACAAGAGUCGCUCGAGGCAAGAUAUGCAUCGGCUUUCGCUCUUCACGCUAAUCCUCGCGUGAAAAUCAAUUCACUUUCAACAGUGGGGACUGAAAUUUACAAGGUAGCAGAGCUUCCGUUCACGCAUCCAGCUUCCAAAAGCGACAACUUCAUGAGAAACCUAAUAGAUGCGCAGCGAGACAGGUACCACGAGAAACAGCCCUUGGGCCCCGCAGAUGACACAAAAUGCCAAGUGCAGGCGCUGGCGGAUAUCUCGGGUACACUAGAGCGCUCGGAGGACCAGGAACGCGCCCCGAAGCGGGAGCGUGCUUUGAAGAACUCAAAGAGCACCAGGAUUAACCCGCUGGCGCGUGUGGCUUUCCAGGAAUCGAGCGAGGCCAACGAGAGCGUUGAUCUGAGCUUCGAUGGCAAAGCUAUGAACAGAAGCGACGUUUUCAAGAUUGUGGACUCCUUUUGCCAAGGGGCAGAUGACGAAGAGGACGAAGAUGAUGCCGAACACGACGACGCUGCUGCUGAAACGCCCUCAAAAUUCGCGAGCGGUCCCAUUCUGCCUCCCGAGAUGACCUUUCGCUAG